AUGUAUUUUCUCUUUCUGAUAAGUUUUGCUGGUAAUGAGGUUGUCAAUAAUGCUACUAAUGUUGCUUCUGCUGCCUACGUCCGUUCUGCUGUCCGUGACUUAAAGUCCUACAUCAAGUCCAAAAAUUAUUGCAGCAUUCCUGUUGGUUAUACAGGCGCCGAUAUUCCCGUUAUUCGUAAUGAACUCACUGCUUACUUAACCUGUAACACUACCAAUACCCCUCAGGACAAUGCUACAGAGGCUGACUUUUUGGGUUACAAUAACUAUGAAUGGUUUGGUGGCUCUAAUUUCUAUGCUUCCGGUUAUGCUGCUCGUACAAAUGAGCUCCAAAACAUCACUGUUCCCAUAUUCUUUUCUGAAUUUGGCUACAACGUCAUUCACCCCCGUAUCUUCACUGAAAGCGGAGGUAUUGUUUGCGAGUUCUCCGAGGAGCAAUGGGCUACUGUCGAUCCCAAAAAGGUGUCGAAGCAUUCUUAUCAGCCUUUAGGUAAUGCUCCCGGAUGCCCUGCCAGAAACGAAAGUAGCUGGGCUGUCACUUUCGAGGCCUUCCGUGACUCCUAUAAUGGCCGUUAUGGAAAUUUUAGUGGUUGCACUGAAAAACAACAGCUUAGUCUUGCUGUGGACGCCUAUACCAAGAAUCAUCUCCAUGAUGCUUGUAGUUGGGGUGGUAUUGGCAUCCUAUCUUAG